AUGUCUGCUCCUGCUGCUUUCUCUGACAUUGCCAAGGCGGCUAACGAUCUCCUGAACAAGGACUUCUACCACACCAGCGCUGCCAGCCUCGAGGUCAAGUCCAAGGCUCCCAAUGGCGUCACCUUCAACGUGAAGGGCAAGUCUGCCCACGAGGGUCCCAUUGCUGGCUCCCUUGAGGCCAAAUACGUCGACCUGCCUACUGGUCUCACCCUCACCCAGGCUUGGACCACCGCCAAUGCCCUCGACACCAAGCUCGAGCUCGACAACAACAUUGCCAAGGGUCUCAAGGCUGAGAUCCUCACCCAGUACCUGCCAUCCAAGCAGUCCAAGGGUGCCAAGCUCAACCUCUACUUCAAGCAGCCCAACCUGCACGCUCGUGCCUUCUUCGACCUCCUCAACGGCCCCUCCGCCAACUUCGACGCUGUCCUUGGCCACGAGGGUUUCCUUGUUGGUGCUGAGGGUGGCUACGACGUCCAGAAGGCUGCCAUUACCAAGUACUCUGCUGCCGUCGGCUACAGCGUUCCCCAGUACACCGCUGCCAUCACUGCUGGCAACAACCUGACCGUCUUCUCCGCCAGCUACUACCACCGCGUCAACCAGCAGGUUGAGGCUGGUGCCAAGGCCACCUGGGACUCCAAGGCCGGCAACUCUGUUGGCCUCGAGGUUGCCAGCAAGUACAGACUCGACCCCUCUUCCUUCGCCAAGGCUAAGAUCAACGACCGUGGUAUUGCCGCUUUGGCCUACAACGUCCUCCUCCGCCCUGGCGUCACCCUCGGUCUCGGUGCUUCCUUCGACACCCAGAACCUGAACCAGGCCGCCCACAAGGUCGGUGCCAGCUUCACCUUCGAGGCUUAG